CGCCGGUCUAUAUGGCGGCGGCUCUGUCGGGCCUGGCUGUCCGCCUUUCGCGCUCGGCCGCCGCCCGCUCCUAUGGGGUCUUCUGCAAGGGGCUGACCCGCACGCUGCUCAUCUUUUUCGACCUGGCCUGGCGGCUGCGCAUCAACUUCCCCUACCUCUACAUCGUGGCUUCCAUGAUGCUCAACGUCCGCCUGCAGGUUCAUAUUGAGAUCCAUUGAAGGCCUUCCGCUGACUGACAGAGGCGUGUCGUCAGGCUCACCACAUCAGAGAACACACAGCAUGAGGGACAGAGUGGGAGCUCUGGGCACCUGCCUCAGGAAGGUGAAGGGGGCGGGAGAGGACUCAGACCGGCUGCUGAAUGGACUUGAAAGAGCACAGGGGGAGAGCCUUUGCCCGACAGAUACACCUUCCUCCUCCUGUAUGCAAAUACCUGCGGUUGAUGUGGAUGGAAAUCCACAAAACGAGGAGUUGUCAAUGGAAAUGAAAAAUGCUCCGAGCGAGGCCAGCCUCUUGCUUCACAGCGGCAACAAAGCGCUUCCGUGUCUGAAAGAAUCAUUAAAAAGAAAUUCAGCUUCCGUAGUGGGUCAGAGCAAGACUGUGCAUGUGUUCUGUGCUCUUGCAGAAGAGCGUUUUGCUGGGGUGUCCUGCGGAGUGGGGGAUGCUCUGGUGAGGCACUGGCUGGGAGGAGGGCCCAGGGCCACCAACAGCCACGGAGGAUGGUGCCACCCGGGAGAGCCUUGGGCGUCAGGACUACCGUCCUCUCAGAAGCGAUCAGAAAUGGGGAUCUCUGAGGAGGAACCGCCAAGUGCUCUUUUAGAGGGGCUAGGCUUUGAGUUGGAACUGUCUGGCCUGCAUUUCGUCCUGUUUACACUGCUGCAUGCACGCCCCGAAGUUUUCCUGAAUGAUGAGACAAAAUGUGUUUUCCUUGGCCACCCAGAGCCCCUGUUUUCAGAGCAAACGGUAGAAUACAAGAAGAUGCUUUCAAGUAUAAAAAGUACCUCAAACGAUCUGCAAAUAAUACUGGGGUUACUGGCUCUACCAGCUUUUGAAGUGGCAAAUCCGUUACGCCAUAGUUAAGGUACAAGCUGAACAAUAAAAAUAGUGAGAUUAAUUUUAAAAGUUGUCUUAGAAUGAUUUCUUUCACACUGAGUCUGGAUGCGCACGGGGCAGCCGUGAAGUUCCUGCUUCCAGUUUGUAUGAUCAGACAAACUUUAAGUGGAAUUUAAACUCAUGGGAAGUUGGUUGAUGUGACAGGAGAGUUUUGAACAUGUUUUAACCCGUGCUUGAAAGACAUUCAGUAUUGGGAUACCAUUUCAAGGAGAACAUUCAUAGAUCCUAUAUAAAUGUC